AUGGGAGGCCUCAGGGGUGUCACUUCCGGUCUUCAGUGUGUCCAGCUCCAGACCGACGGUUCUCCAGCAGCCUCCAGUCUGCACCAAGAGUUGGUACUCUACCUUCCGCUGGCGUACAUGGCCGUCCAGGCGAUCCUGUGUCCGUGGCUCCUCCUCCACGACUCUCCGUCUUCUGUGCAGCGACCCUCUGGGAAGAUAUCUCACUACUUCAACCGAUCUACUUUCUUAUGGGUAUCUGAAUUGAGGGGAGUAGAAGAAAAAUACCUCACGUUCGAGAAUGAGUCGUUAAAGGAGAUAAAUGAAACUACAGCAGCGAGCAUCUUUCAAAUCAAGAAAUUAAUCAAUUUGCCUCAUUAUAAACAGAAGAUUUUUACCAUAGCCACAAACAAUUUCUCAGUUUACAGCCAGGUUGCACAGCCUGACGAAAAUGAUAAUUUAAAGUGGACCAAGGGUUUUCAACUGAUGUAUUUGUUCCUUUUAUGUGAAUCUGUGGGUUUACGCCCAAUUGUAACUAAGGCUGUGAGAUGGGACAGCUUUUACAAAAACGGAACUAUUAAGUGGCAUGGUUUGCAGUCCGAAGCUAUAACUGGUAAUGUUGACGCUGCUGUAGGCGGGAUUUGGUAUAGAGCCGAAAUGGUAGGUGUGUCAGACAUUUUGCCUCCCUGGGAAAGAGGAUGUUUCAGGUAUCUGAUCCCUCGACCUAAGAGAAAAAAUUUCGAUUGGACUUUGUUUCUCGGAGUUUUUGGAAACUGGGUAUGGGUUCUCAUUGUCGUUUCUAUAAUAGUUGUACCACUUACUUUGAUGUUAACAACAAAGCUAAGCCUGAAUCCAGAACUCGAGAGAAACUAUAAAUCACUUGGGUACACGUUUUUCUUCGUAAUUUCCGUACUAGUACAAGUACCUCAGGUGAGACAGGAUUGGAGAGGCGUUCAGGUACCCAUCUUCUACAGCUGGAUGUGGGCGACCAUGGUUCUGGCAGCAGCCUUCAGUGGAUCCCUAAGUGCAAUGUUGGUCAUCCCAUCUUAUGAAGACAGACCCAAAAACUUAAGAGAUCUUAUCGAUAGAGGAUACACCUAUGGAUCGCCUUAUUCUUCUUCUGGUUAUGUAACCAUCUUCGAUGAUGAUAUGAGCGACGUCUGGAAGGCUUGGACUUAUGGCAGAUUCAGACUGAGUAAAACCUUUGAAGAAACGGUUGAAAGAAUGAAGACAGGGAAGUUUCUUGUGACAGGUGAAAUGGUUCAAGAUACCUUCUUCUUCUUGGGAUCUCCCUUGCCUCCGGAAGAUUUAUUGCAGAAGUUUGAAAUCAAUAAACAAUGUCACCAAAAUUUCUUAUCUGGGUAUGAUUACGUUCAAUAAACUAUAAAAUAAAAACUU